UUAAACAAGCUAUCUUCUCGAAAAAGGUGUAAUUCUGAAAAUUACUCAUUGACUCAUUAUAUGACAUAAAAGUAAUUAAUUAAGUUUUUGAAAUGAAUACAUUGGAUAAACAAUUAGCCGAUCUACGAAUAUAUGCUAACGAAUUGGACGCAAAGCUUCAAGAUGAUAUUAAUUCGGCUAAAAUAAAACCUUCUAUUCCGCCCAAAAAAAGUAAAGCGCCGCAGCCUCAAAUUCCACAAAGUUACACAGUAAAAUCCGCGUGCGAGCCAUCAUAUUCCUCAAGAUUAGAGUACGGAAGCCGAACAAGUUCUACGUAUUCAAAUUUAGUGCCCGUAAAGAGUUGCAUUGUGAGAAAUUCUUCGCGACUUCGCAGCGGUGAUGUACUUUUGUACAGUAAUUUGCUACCUCCGGGAGGUACGAACCAUGUUUACUCUAAUAUUCCUAUGCAGCGUACAUCGGAGAGUAUCUAUGGUGAUCGCGACGCGAGAUCUGAAGUGUCUAGAAUAAGUGAUUUGGGUGCUCAGUCGAAUUACAGCGAAUUACGUCGACCAGGAUCGGCUUACCCGCCUUCUUCGGCGUCCGUUAAUGCUCAAGACUUCUCUACUUACGGUGGUUCACAGACAUCGUCAACUUAUGAGUCUUUAUAUGAGCCUAUAAAUCCAAGACCUUGUAGUCAAUUAUCUGGUACAUCAUUGUAUGGAGGGUAUGUUGGCACCGCUGAGCCCACCCCGGAGCCUGAUGAUGCACUAUACUGUGGUAAUUGUUACCGUUGUGGGGAGAAAAUUAUGGGAGAGACCACUGGGUGUACCGCAAUGGAAAGAAUAUAUCAUAUUAAAUGUUUCUGCUGUCAGCAGUGUGGUAUUAAUUUACAGGGACGCCCAUUCUAUGCAGUGCAAGGUAAAGCACUUUGUGAAAGAGACUACCUAGAUACAUUGGAAAAAUGUUGUGUGUGUGGCGACCCUAUCUUGGACAGGAUACUGCGAGCUACUGGCAAGCCAUACCAUCCUCGUUGUUUCACUUGUGUGGUCUGCCAGAAGAGUCUUGAUGGUAUACCAUUCACUGUUGAUGCGGUUAACCGAAUUCACUGUAUUGAAGAUUUUCAUAAGAGGUACGCUCCCCGUUGCGCACGUUGUAGGGAACCUAUAGUGCCGGAAGGAGGCGCGGAAGAGACGGUCCGUAUUGUGGCUUUGGAUAAGAGCUUUCAUUUUGCAUGCUAUGCGUGCGAAGACUGCGGUGCCUCACUCUGCUCCAGGGAGGAGGGCAAAGGAUGCUAUCCACUGGACGGACAUUUAUACUGCAAACAGUGCAAUGCAAGACGUAUACAAGAUCUGUCAAGGAAUAUUAACUAAGUAAACAUCAAUGUAUUUAAUUUCAAUUCAACUCCGAUUAAUAGAAAUAAGGAAUGGCAAAUUCUAUAUAUAGUGGCCAUUACUCUGUCUCUUUUGUGGUAAAAGUAUGGAACUGCUUUGUAGGUAAGACAAGUUUGAUGACUAUUUAGUAUGUAAAAAAAUGAAUUCAUAGUAUGUUGCAUUGUUGGAAGGGAUAGGAUAUCUCACAUUAAUGAAAUGAUGUGCAGGUUUAAAUUAAAAUAAAAAAUUGUUAUUAGCAAUUGUAAAGUCAUAGAUACAGCUUAAUUAUUAUUACGCUUUAAAAAAUCUCUUGAUACAUUUGUAGAAAAAGUUGUGCUUUGAACUUUAGGAUUAUUGUAACAUGUUUUGUGAUUGUGGCAUUUUACAUAAGUCAACUGUAUUAAAAUAUUACUAGAAUAUUCAUGUUCUUAUAUACCCAGUUUAAAUAUAUAUAUAUAUAUUUCCUUUUAGGAAUUGAUUUAGUAUGUAUUCGAAAAAAAACAAGUUUUUACUAAACAAUUGUACCAAGUAUUAGGUAGAAAAAUGCAAAAUUGAUCACUGCCACUUGUAAACAACUUUUGCUGUUACCAGUUUUUUGAGAAUAUAAGUGUAGAUAAUUUUAGAAUAAGAAUUUCUCCUGUUAUUUAAAAUCACAUUUACAUACUUAUAGAAGUUUACACUCAAGUCAUUUUAUGCAAGUUCUUGCUUAGAAAAAUGAUGUAUGAAUAAUAAAGAUUCACAAUUCUUCUUCUUCUUCUAGUGCCUCUUCAGUCUUGAAGGUUGGCCGCUAACUUGGAAUAUUUGGUUCUGUAAUAAAAUAUAAAUGUAAUACACAAUAGUGAAUGUUAAAGUAUUGUAGUUUUAUUAUAACUUUAUGUACACAAACAUUAUCUGACAGUGUACUUUUGAGCCAAUUUUGGCUUGAUUAGAACUUUUAAAUUCGCAUGUUUGUUUGAGACCCAACUUAAUUGUUUUU